CACCAAACCACCCACUCACCCACCCACUACCCCCCCAACCACCAUCACUCCCCCUUGACCCCUUCCUCCCUUCAGACACUCCCCUCCCUCCUUCAUCUCACCAUCAUGUCGGCUCCAAAAAAGGGAAGGGAUCUCUCUGGUUUCAACUAUGGAAACAUAUCAAGUCUCGUCGUCAAUCAGGAUCGUUCCGUCCUGCGACAAGAUGAACCCACUGGUGUUGCUGAAUCUCUCGUCGGUCGUAUCAACCUCAAAGAUAUGGGUUCUCGCGUUCAACGAGAGGCGCCCAAAGAUGUCGAGAAGAAAAAGGUCAAAGCCAAAAGGGAAGCCGCUGAAGAGGUUGAACGAUCUAUAAAACGUCAAGCUCAAUCCUCAUCUGCUCGUUUCGGUGGUGGCGAUGUCCUGACCAGUGUCGCCGAACUGGAGGGAUUGAGAUAUCGACCUCGAACUGCGGAGACUCGGGAGGUGUAUGAGCUUAUGCUAGGCUUGGUACAUCAAGGUCUUGGGGAUCAAACUCAAGAAGUGGUGCGAAGUGCUACCGACGCCGUGUUGGAAGGACUGAAGAGGGAGGAUUUGAAAGAGUUUGACAAACGUAAAGAAGUCGAGAUAGUCCUAGGACCGACGACUGAAGAGGUUUGGAAUCAGUUGAUCAACAUGGGGAAGAAGAUCACUGAUUACGGAGAGGAUGAAGAUGAACCCCAGGGUGAUGAAAGAGAACGAGCGGUGAAUGACGAAGGUGUAGCAGUGUUGUUCGAAGAUGAGGAAGAGGACGAGGAACAGUUCGCCAUUGAAAGUGCUGCCUCAUCCGAGGAUGAGGACGAGGAACAGGAGGAAGAUGAAGAAGAGGGAGAGUCUUCCGAAGCUGAGGAUGUGGAAGAAGCUAUGAUACUUGGUAAAGAAACAACAAAAACGAAAUCAAAAUUCGACAAAGUAUCACCACAUGAAGUCGACGGUUUUUGGCUUCAACGUCUUAUCGCUACAUACUACCCUGACCCUGUCCAAUCUUCCGACUUCACCGCUCGAGCUCUGGAAUUACUAGGUUCUGAAGCCGAGUUGCGAGAUCUCGAGAAUGCCCUGGCGGAGAUGUUCGGAUACGAAAACUUUGAUCUCGUCGCAACGCUCACCAAAAACCGCGAGGUCAUCGUUUGGUGUACUAAACUCGCCCGUUGUAACGAGGAUGAACGUCAAGAUGUCGAAGUCGCCAUGCGAGAAAGAGGAGCGGGAUGGAUUUUACGACAACUUCGUGGAGAUCGCAAACAGGCUGCUGAAGAAAAACCUCAAAAUGUCGUUCCUACAAAAGCUACCCUCGCUCCUGGAUCCGUUGCCCGACCACAGAAGGUCAUUGAUAUCGAUUCGCUCAUCUUUACCGAAGGAGGGCAUUUGAUGUCGCGCAAGAAGGUCACUUUGCCUGAAGGAUCGUACAAGCGGCAAAUGAAGGGGUAUGAAGAGAUCCACGUGCCCGAGCCUAAACGACGAGAAAUCCAACGGGGAGAGCUCAUCUCAAUCGCUCGUAUGCCGGAAUGGACACAUCCCGUUUGGGCCAGCGUUCAAACAUCUCAACUCAACCCCAUCCAGAGUAAAGUUUUCUCCACGGCUUUCGAGACUAACGAGGCUAUGCUCAUCUGUGCUCCGACAGGAGCAGGUAAGACAAAUUGUGCCGCUCUCGCCAUUCUUCGAACAAUCUCACAAUAUCGAGACCCCAACACUGGCUAUAUCGAUCGAGAUUCCUUCAAGAUCAUCUAUGUCUCACCUAUGAAAGCUUUAGUGCAAGAACAAGUCAACGCGUUUUCCAAACGGUUCAAAAGUCUUGAUAUCCGCGUCGCCGAACUCACCGGUGAUAGUCAAUUGACCAAACAACAAAUUUCCGAAACGCAGAUCAUUGUGACUACUCCUGAAAAAUGGGACGUCAUCACCCGUAAAAGCACAGACGUGUCAUACACCAAUCUUGUACGUUUGAUCAUUGUCGACGAAAUUCAUUUGCUUCAUGAUGACCGAGGACCUGUUCUCGAAGCUAUCCUGGCUCGUACGAUCCGACGUGCUGAUCAAAUCCACGAUGAGGUUCGUGUGGUUGGAUUAUCUGCGACUUUGCCAAAUUACAAAGAUGUCGCUGCGUUCUUACGUGUGGACGUUAAUAAAGGUCUGUUCUACUUCGACGCCUCGUAUCGACCUGUAGGAUUAAAACAACAAUUCAUCGGCGUGACAGAAAAGAAAGCCAUCAAACGUUUACAAACGAUCAACGAAGUUUGUUACGAAAAAGUUCUAAAUCAAGCUGGGAAAUCUCAAACUAUAGUGUUUGUUCACUCGAGGAAAGAAACUGCGAAAACUGCAAAAUUCCUACGAGACAUGGCAAUGGAGAAAGAAACUUUGACUCAAUUCAUCAACCCUGAAGGAGCUUCAAGAGAAGUUUUAUUACAUGAAGCGUCACAAAGCAAAGACGGGAACCUGAAAGAUAUCCUUCCAUUCGGUUUCGGUAUCCAUCACGCCGGUAUGUCUAAAGAAGAUCGAGCUACAGUGGAAGAACUUUUCCUCGAUGGUCAUAUACAAGUUUUGUGCUGUACUGCUACUCUUGCAUGGGGUGUGAAUCUACCAGCGCAUACGGUCAUCAUCAAAGGUACACAGAUCUACAAUCCGGAGAAAGGAAGAUGGUGCGAGUUGAGUCCUCAGGACGUGUUACAAAUGUUAGGAAGAGCGGGUAGACCUCAAUUCGAUACUUACGGAGAGGGUAUCAUCAUUACCAAUCACUCUGAAUUGCAGUAUUAUACCAGUUUGUUGAAUCAGCAAUUACCAAUCGAGAGUCAGUUCGUCAGUAGGAUGGUUGACAAUUUGAACGCGGAGAUUGUGCUGGGUACAGUGAGGAACCGAGAUGAGGGAGUGCAGUGGAUGGGGUAUACUUAUCUAUACGUUCGUAUGCUUGGCGCACCUGCUUUGUACAAUGUCGGUGCCGACUACAUGGACGGUGAUGCUGCGCUUGUUCAGAAAAGAGCCGAUCUUAUCCACUCGGCUGCUGUUCUACUGGAGAAAGGCGGGUUGAUCAAGUAUGAUCGUUCCACAGGCAUCUUCGCCUCGACCGAUUUGGGUCGUAUUGCCUCCCACUACUACGUGACGUACUCUUCAAUGUCGGUGUACAAUAAACAUCUGAAACCAAACAUGAGCAUCAUCGACAUGUUCAGAGUUUUCGCCUUGUCCAACGAAUUCAAGCUUUUACCCGUCCGACAAGAAGAGAAACUCGAAUUAGCCAAGCUGCUUGAACGUGUCCCCAUACCUGUCAAGGAAGGUGUCGACGAGCCCAUCGCUAAGAUCAACGUCCUUCUCCAAGCAUACAUCUCUCAGUUGAAAUUGAGCGGAUUCGACAUUGUGACAGAUAUGGUAUUCAUUCAACAAUCUGCAGGACGUAUCAUACGUGCAAUGUUCGAAAUUUGUCUCAAAAAAGGUUGGGCAGGUCCCAUGAGGAUAGCUUUGGAUUUGUGUAAAAUGGUUGAAAGAAGAAUGUGGAAAUCGAUGACUCCACUUAGACAAUUCCCUCGAAUCAGAAAUGAGAUCAUCACCAAAGCCGAACGAAAAGAAUUUCCUUGGUAUAGAUAUUUCGACCUGGACGCUGCGGAAUUAGGUGAAUUAUUAGGAUUACCUAAAUCUGGACAAUUGAUAGAAUCCCUCGUUCAUAAAUUCCCUCGAUUAGAUCUCCAAGCUCAUGUCUUACCGUUGACACGAACACUUCUCAAAAUCAACGUCACCAUAACUCCUGAUUUCGUAUGGGAUCAUGAGAUUCACGGAUCCAGUCAAGCAUUUUGGAUCAUUGUGGAAGAUGUUGAUGGUGAACAUAUCCUUUAUCACGAUUCUUUCAUUCUAAGAGAACGUUUCGCUCAAGAUGAACAUUUUGUCACUUUGACCGUUCCUAUCUCAGAACCUGUUCCUCCGAAUUACUACGUCAGUGUGAUAUCCGAUCGUUGGCUACAAUCUGAAACUCGACUACCUAUUUCUUUCACCCAUCUCAUCCGACCUGAACCAUUCCCACCUCAUACUCAAUUACUGGAUCUUCAACCUAUGCCCGUAUCUGGUUUACAUAAUCCAACAUACGAAGCUUUGUAUUCAUUCAAAACAUUCAACAAGAUUCAAACUCAAGUUUUUCAAGCUCUAUACACCACAGAUGAAAACGUUUUCAUCGGUGCUCCUGCAGGAAGUGGGAAAACCAUUUGUGCCGAGCUUGCUUUAUUACGAUUAUGGACAAAGAAAGAACCACCAAGAGCAGUUUGUAUUGAACCUUAUCCCGAAAUGGUCGAUCUCAGAUUACUCGAAUGGUCUGAUAAACUCUCUUCUUUAAACAAAGAGAUAAAUUCUUUAACAGGUGAAGCAACUGCCGAUCUAGCUAUUCUACAUAAAUCCGAUUUGAUCAUUUGUACACCUUCUCAAUGGGAUCUCUUAUCUCGUAGAUGGAAAACAAGAAAAGAUGUACAAGAAAUAGGUUUAUUGAUAACGGAUCAACUUCAACUUUUAGGUGGUGAUAUAGGAAGUACAUACGAAGUCAUAGUUUCAAGAACAAGAUACGUUUCUCAACAAACAAAUUUAAAAACUCGUAUUAUAUCAAUAUCAGUUUCAUUAUCAAACGCAAAAGAUUUAGGUGAUUGGUUAGGAUGUCAAAAUCAAAACAUUUUUAAUUUCUCAACUUCUUCAAGACCUUUACCUUUAGAAGUACAUAUUCAAUCUUUUUCAAUUUCACAUUUCCCAAGUUUAAUGUUAUCAAUGUCGAAACCUGCUUAUCUAUCAAUGGUAGAACAUUCAAUUGGAAAACCUACGAUUUGUUUCGUACCCAGUAGGAAACAAUGUAAAUUAACAGCGAAUGAUAUUUUGAGUUAUUGUCUUGCGGAUGAAGAUGAAGAAAAGUUUUUAGGUGUUGAAAAAGAAGAAUUGGAAAAACAUUUGGAUAGAGUUCAAGAUGAUGAUUUGAGAGAAAGUUUGAAAUAUGGGAUUGGGUUUUAUCAUGAAGCUUUAGGGAAAUUGGAUAAGAAAAUUGUGACUACUUUGUUUGAAGAAGGUGCUAUAAGAGUUUUGGUAGCAUCCAAGGACACAGCGUGGUCUCUUCCCGUUUCAGCCUACAUGGUCCUCAUCAUGGGAGUUCAAUCUUUUGACGGACAAGAACAUCGUUAUGUUGAUUAUGCCAUUGCGGACGUAUUACAGAUGAUGGGUAAAGCGUGUAGACCUGGGGUAGAUAAAUCGUCUAGAUGUGUUUUGAUGUGUCAGCAGGUCCGUAAAGACUUCUUCAAAAAAUUCAUCAAUGAAGCUUUACCCGUCGAAAGCAGUCUGCCGAAUUACCUGCACGAUCACUUCAACGCUGAAAUUGUGGCCAAGACUAUUGAGAAUAAACAGGAUGCAGUGGAUUGGUGUACUUGGACUUGGUUUUAUAGGAGGUUGAUGCAGAAUCCAGGGUUUUACAAUCUACAAGGAACCACUCCCACUCACAUCGCCGAUUACCUUUCCGAACUUGUCGAAACCACUCUCAGCGAUCUUGUCCAAUCCGACUGUAUCAUCAUACAAGACGAUAUGGACACUCUCCCGAAUAACCUGGGUAUGAUCGCCUCCUUCUAUUACAUAUCCUACGUCACUGUCGAAACAUUCUCAGCAUCAAUCAAAGAAACAACCAAACUUAAAGGUCUUCUCGAAAUCGUUUCAUCAGCACACGAAUUCGAAACAGUUCCAAUAAGACAUCACGAAGAUUCUCUACUCGCUAGAAUUUACGAUAGAGUUCCUGUCAAAGUUCAAAAAGUAGAUUAUUCAUCACCAUACUUUAAAUCUUUCUUAUUGCUACAAGCUCAUUUUUCAAGGAUGACACUCCCACCUGAUCUAGCCAUCGAUCAAGCUACGAUAUUGGGUAAAGUCACUGGAUUGUUAAGUGCUUGUGUGGAUGUUAUGAGUUCUAAAUCACUUUUAGGAUGUUUAGGAGCGAUGGAUCUAAGUCAAAUGUGUGUUCAAGCCGUUUGGGAUAGAGAUAGUCCUUUGAAACAAGUUCCUUAUUUCGACGUAGAUGUUUUAGAUAGGUUUAAGAAAGAAGGUUUGGAUUCGGUUUAUGAUAUCAUGGAAUUGGAGGAUGAAAAGAGGAUGGAUCUGUUGAGGAUGAAUGAGAGACAACUUGCUCGAGUAGCAAAAUUCGUAAACUCUUAUCCCAAUUUAGAAAUCUCUUAUUCCAUCUCAUCAUCACCUCACACAACUUCCGAUCCUCUAAUCUUGACCAUAACUUUAGACAGAGAAUCAGACCCUUCAAACCCAGACGAUAUAAUAGCCGAUGCUCCUCUUUUCCCACAUAAAAAAACCGUAUCUUGGUGGUUAGUAGUAGGAGAUCAUAAAACACGUACUUUGUACGCUAUCAAAAAAGUAACGGUCAAAGAUAAGUUGGAAAGUCGUUUAGAAGUCAGUUUACCUGAAGGUAAACAGAAAUUGAAAUUGUACGUGAUUUGCGAUUCUUAUACUGGUGCGGAUCAAGAUUUCGAUUUGGAGGAGAUUUCGGUUGAAGAAGGUGAAGAAGAGAGUGAAAGUGAGGAGGAAAGUGAAGAUGGGAUGGAACAGGAUUGAUCACCGGGGAUCAUUCGCCUUAUCGUCAAUUGAUUUUGGAAUGGGAUGGAACAUGUAUUCACAUUACAUGACGUGAUAAACCUCUUGUUCGUAGUGAGAUAGCAUGGAGUGGCAAGUGGCAAGAGGGAUAAUACCGGCAGAGGGAUGGAGUGGUGAGAGGGAUACAACCGACAGAGGGAUGAAGUGACAAGUGAGAUAAAGUGAAAAGUCGAAGAUGGGAUGAUUUCGGGAGUUGGGUGGAGGGAUAAAGACUGAAUGGAAUGAAUGCAUAACUAUCUGUUUUC